AUGAGACUCGCGUCGUUGCCACCAAAAGGUGUGUUUGUUGUUCUUCCUUGUCCCAAGCUCAUGCUGAUCCCACCUUCACAAGAGUUCGACCCAGGAACACUCCAACACCGCAAAGAUGCACACGCAACCAUGAGCACACAACGGACCAAGACUACGGCAACAACCCCAUCUAGUACCGCUGCACCCGUGCCGCAUCGUUACCAGUACCCCCUUGACGUGCCGCGCAUCUUUCGAUUGUUGCGCCCACUCAAAGCAAAGAUCUCCGCCAUCGAGCUCGCCAUCAAGUCUGCCCCGUCCUAUGGCUACACCACCAUCAAUGCCAACAGUAACAACAGUAACAGCAGUAACAACGUUGUCAACGGCGCCGACGACAACAGAACCACCACGACAAACACAAUCGACCGACGCGAGCGAUAUGUACGCCGGAGUGGUCGCUCUAGUGCACAGCACGAGGAGCAAGAAGCAGCAGUGACCAGGAGCGCCUCGGCGAAAAGUGGGAGGGACUUGCUGAUCAAGCGAUUCCAAGGUUCGCUGACGGAUGUCUUCAAGGAACUGUUCGACAAGUAUUGGUGGCGCCCCAUUUGUGAUGACUACGACCUACCACUAAACUCCUCGCUGUCCCAGGUGCUCUCGAAAGGGAUCAAGCCCAGUCAGUACACGCUGGGAAUGACAUGCGCCUUCGCUGUCGGACGCGUCAUCGCAGGCCUCCCAGACGACGAGGCAGUCCUUGUGGACAAGUACUACAGUAUCGUGCCGGAAUUCGCGCUUCUCGAGCACGCUGCGAUGCAUAUUCUUGAGCAUUUGCUGGUGAAUCAGGACGAGACUUUUCAGCUGGACUAUCGUUGGGCGUACAUUGCUGCGUCUCGAGUCGACAGCGCAGAGGCAUGGGUCAAGAUCUGGGCACAAAAGGCUCCGGUUUCAUUCUUCAUUUCUCGACAGUUUUCGGCACAUAUUCGGGAAAUUCCCCAGCACGGUGUUACUCUUAUUCAAGCAUCAGUCAGAAUUCAUAUGAACAGGAUUAGCGCUGGCCUUCCAGAGAGUACGCGGCGUGCACGGUCAGUCAGGUUUGCCGCAUCCCUGAUCGAAGAGUCUCUCAAGGUACACGAACGACUGGCAGAAGGACACGGGAGCGUACCUCAGUCAACACUCGUGACUAGACGCGAAAAGUAUGACAGAGGGAUCGAACAUCUGGCGAGGAUUUUGUUCGAGGAGCACGAGCUGGAACCUGAGAGUUGGAGGAGGAGCGUGGCGCUCGCACUGACAUUACACUCGCUCUAUGGCGCUGUCGCAACUUCGUCCGAGUCGACGACGAUAACCGAUGGAAUGAGCUCAUGGGUUGAGUUGCUCCAAAAGCGUGCUACGGUCGGGAUCUGCGCAAGCGAUUUCAAUGUGAUCGUGCUGGCAUAUGGCACCUUGACCAACUUGAACGCUUUGGCACUUAUGCUGGAUGCAGUAGGACUGUACUCGCUCUCGAUGACGCUGGUUGACAGGAUGUUGGCUGACUUUUACGAGCUGGAGGACGCGAGUUGCCAUCAAUUGGGAUAUCCUUGCGACGUCACCAUCCAAAGUCUUAAGUCGUUCCAGAAGGAGCUUGAACAACGGGAAAUGCAACUUAAUUGCGACAAUGGAUGGAUAUAUGAUGAUGUAAUGGAGACUUGGGUAGAAAUGUCUCCACCUGCGAAAAAGUCGGAGUCACACCCUAAACCGCAUUCUCGCGUCGUGUUAAGGCACCCACUCCAGUACUCUUUGACCCCCGUACGAUGGUCAAACAGACUCGGCGGGCGACGCGGACGCGACGGCGAAAAUGAAAGCGAUGCAGAGUCUGAGCCGGAUGUCGAUGAGGCGGUUUAUGACGCUCCGAUAGACCUAGAAGUUCUCGCUAGGUUCACAAUCGAGGAGGAUAGUGAAAACGAGAGCCGCCCUGGACAUGAGCGGCCGCCAUCACCUGAUUUGGAAUCUGAGUACAACUCCUCCGACAAUGCGGCACACAGGAGUGACACCACGUCUUCCGAGAGCGACCCGAGUGAUGAAGAAGAUGGUGGACCUGCGCACGUGGAUGCAUUGGACGGCGAUGACGAGGUGUUCCAUGGGGACGAGAGCGAUGAUGAAGCGAUGGCCAGGCCAAGUCGCAGGCGACGUCAGGUGGACAACACCAACGCCUCGGCCUUGUCACCAGAAGUUGCCAUCAUAAACGACAGCACGGGGCACAGUGACGACGAUUUUCAGGGCAGCGACGGAGGCGGUUCAUCCAGCGGCAAUGAGGAGAACAGAUUUAUCCCGAGUGACAGCAACAGCAAGGACAGCAACGUUGAGCCCACAGAAAGUAUCGUGACGAGAGCUCGCAAAGGACGAUGUCGGCAGGUCCCAAAGCCCAAGUCUAAGGACCGCAGCAACAGGAAGGAUGGUGUCAACGGAGAGGAUGUGUUUGUGAUAAGCGACGAUGAUGGCGAUUCCAGCCAAGAGUCAGUUGACGAGGCAAGCCAGGAGUCUGACUGGCAACCCAGAUAUCGAAAGCGAUCACGUCAACGUUCCAGCAAACAUCGACAUGCCCUGAACACUCCAGAGUCUGAGCCCGAUUCAGAUACCCAGGACGAAGACGACGCACCUGUCAUACCGCGGAAACUCCUUCGCCAAGUUCGGGGGCGCAACAGCGCUGCAAGGCAGGAGAAACACCGCACAUCACCACCUCCCACAUCGCCACCACAGGAGUCAUCAAAAGCGCCAUCCAAGACUCAACUGCGAAAGAAACGCCCUCGAUCCAACGCGCUUCCAGCAAACCUUGACAGCUCGGGCGACAACGACUGUACGGCGAGCGAUGGUCAGGUGCCAAUCAAAAAACCUAAAUCGCGUUCUUCUCACUUAUCCACCUCUCAACCAAGGACAAAACUUGUGGCCUCAUCUUCAAGUGUCUCCAGACCUGCCACCGAACCCAAUGUCAUGAGUCGUACUUACCUGUCGAAUGAUCACCGCGCUACAAAAGUGGUUCCCGGCAGCAGCGAGGAUUUUGACAUGGACGACUUUGUCAACACACGGCCUUUCAAGUCAAACGCGAGAUCGACACCCACCUUCAACGCUCGCUCGGUCUCAGCAUCACAUUCCAGCAAGAGCCCCACGAUGGAGGCUCGCUCUAUCAGUCAUCGAAAGCGGGUCAUUAUCAUCGACGACGACGAUUCUGACGACGGUCAAAACCACUCGAAUCGCGACCGUAACUUAGCUCCCGCUAACUCGACCUGGCAAGCAACAAAAGGCCUGGAAAUAAGGAAGGCUGCCACAGAAUCUAACGAUCCAGACAGCCCGCCCAGGACAAAACCGAGACCUCGUGCGGUUGUCGCCCAGUCCCAUACAAGGAAGAGAAACAGGAUCGAGGAUGACAACAACAUGGUCUCAGGACACUGGAAUAUAUUUGACGAGCCAGGGUAUUCCACCCCAGCUCGAAAGAAUGGAAGGAGCUCGAGGGAGAGUGGCGGGAGUGAGUCGAGUAAGGUCAGGUCGACUGUGGCCGUUGCUGAGGACAUGGGGGAUGACGCUGAGGUUUUCAAGCAGGAUUGGAUAGACAGGAGACGGACAAUCCAUUGGCCGCAGACUCCUGCUAUCGCCCAAACAUCUUCCUCCAGGCAGCCUCCGACCAAGAAGACGUCUCGGAUCGAAAUCCCACGGUUCUUUGUGCUCUAA